AUGCCAGCGAAGUGGAGAACGAAAUCAGGCUGUCUGACAUGCCGCAUUCGCCGCAAGAAAUGCGAUGAGGAACGCAAAGAGUGUAGGGCCUGUCGUCGGAAUCACCUCACGUGUAUCUGGGAAUCCGACAAGGCCCCAUCCACAGAGAAGCCCAACGCUCUCGUCCGCCAACGCAGCUCGCAAACCAUUCUGGGCUCAUCGUCGCGGAAUUUGACGAUUUUCGAUAGCCCGACGAGCGAGGCUUUGCUGUCGUAUUUUGCUUCUGUGGUUCUGCCGCAGAUGCUCAUUCCUGGCACCCCCUCAGCCUUUCAAAACGAAGUCAUGACCCUGGGGGUCCAGUAUCCCAGCAUUAGGGACUCAUUCCUGGCAUGCGCUUCGAGCUUCCUUUCCAACUGUGGUCAGAAGGUACCUGUUCAUGCAUUCAAAUACUACUCCAGCGCUGUCCUUGCGAUAAGGAAGUUGAUCGAGGACUCAAAACUCACCGGCACUGAAGACUGGCUUUUUCUGUUGACUGUAUCUUUGUGCAUAUUCGAGCGAACACAAUCAGGGCCAUCUUCCAACGCUAUUGCUCACCUGCUCGGCGCAACGCGCGUCAUGACCCUUAAAGUGCGACGUUCGCGUAAGAGUCAACCUGAACAUAUCACUCCCCUCCAGCAGACGUGCGCUGCGGCCCUACUCUACCAUGCUGCGACUACUGCAUUCCUGAGUCCUGAUCUCCAGUGGUUGCCCGAGUAUGCUUCGUGGGACCAGGUGGAAGAAUAUCUCGCAGGCACCGAUUUAUCGAUGUUUGCUAUGCCGCCGCGGCUAUGUCGAGUAAUCCUGGAAAUCUCGCGACUCUCCCGUCGGACUCCACUCAAUAGCAAAGACAGCUUGUUUGCGGCGUCCUUACGGGAGGAACUCGGUCAAUGGAUACAUCGACAAUCGCCUAUCGAUCCGGGUAAUAGAGCCGACACAGCUGUCGAGGUCCGUGAACAGAUACAGCGUGCAGCCGAACUCUUUGCUUUGACCGCCGAUAUCUUGCUCAAUAAGACCAUGCACCCAGAGAUUUCAGCCGAGGACAGUCUCGUACAGGCGAGAGUCAAGCAGGUCUUGACCAAUCUCCAAUCUGACGUGGACGGUCUGUUCUGGAACCAGCACUAUGCCUGGCCCUUUGCGAUACUUGGAUGCACAGUGCAACGAGAAACAGAGAUGUUGUACCUGCUUGGACGCUUGGAGAAACUGUGGGAGAGAUCCCACUUUGGUGACAUUAAGCGAACAACAAAUCUUCUCGAGGGACUCUUCCAGUCGAGAAAACAAAACGCCCAAUUCGCAUCUAUGAAAGAUCUCCGAAAAAAGGGCACACCGGAAGCGUUCGAUCUCUUGCUCAAUGCGAAUGGCCUGUCAAUCUUCUCAGCGAGCUGA